AUGGAAAAUCAGAGUUAUGUUACUGAAUUCAUUCUCCUGGGCCUCUCACAGACUCCAGAUGUUGAUAAAAUAGUGUUUGUUGUCUUUUUACUUUUGUACCUUGCAACUCUUGUGGGAAACUUGGUUAUUAUUUUGACAAUCACCAACACUCCCUCUCUCCUAGGCUCUCCUAUGUACUUCUUCCUGGCCUUUUUGUCUUUCUUUGAUGCAUGUUUCUCCUCUGUUGUUGCCCCCAAGUUAAUAGUGGACUCCAUCUACGUGAAGAACACCAUUUCUUUUGAAGGCUGCAUGACCCAGCUCUUUGCAGCACAUUUCUUUGGUGGUUCUGAGAUGAUUGUCCUCACAUUUAUGGCCUUUGACCGAUAUGUUGCUAUUUGCAAGCCACUACAUUAUGUCACUAUUAUGAACAAGAACCUGUGUGUUCUGCUGGUUGGUGUGGCCUGGGCAGGAGGUUUCUUGCAUUCCUUGAUCCAGGUAAUAUUCAUGGCCCAGUUGCCUUUCUGUGGACCCAAUGUGAUUGAUCACUUUAUUUGUGACUUGUACCCUUUGUUGAAACUGGCCUGCACUGACACUCGUAGCCUUAGUCUCAUGAUUAUUACAAACAGUGGGCUCAUCUGUACAAUUAGUUUUGUUCUCCUCCUUAUAUCUUAUGGGGUCAUCCUACACUCACUGAGGAAAUACAAUGCUGAGGCUCGGCACAAAGCCCUUUCCACCUGUGGUUCCCACAUCACAGUUGUCGUGUUGUUUUUUGUUCCAUGCAUUUUUGAAUAUGCACGUCCUCCAUCUACUUUCUCCUAUGAUAAAACAGUGGAAAUAUUUUACACUAUUCUAAUCCCUAUGUUAAAUCCCUUUAUCUAUACUUUUAGAAACGCAGAGGUAAAAAAUGCCAUGAGGAAGUUGUGGACCAGACCGACCAUUUCUAUUACAAAAUAA